GGUUGAACUACCGAGCAUUUAUCGUCGAAAAAUGAAAUUCAUUAUUAAAUCAAUCAUGUACAAUUUAAAAACAACACAUAUAGCGACACGUUCUCAUAUGAUGGAUGUGGAGCCAGGUUACCCGUUCAAGUCGAGUCGAGACUUGUUCGGAUCCAGCAAAUAAUAAUGUGUGUUGGGUGGUGCAAGCAAGCAGUCGCCGAACUGUCGUCCACCCCACUACUAACAAGUGUCUCAUUCGAUGAGUGGCCUUCAAGCAGAGACGACCUCCGAACUCAUUCUUCUCCAGAAUUCAAAAUUUAUCAUUGUUUAACAAUGGACAAUUCACCAGUGGUAGUGGAAUUGGUGUCAUCUGAGGAGGAGGAAGAUGAAUUAGUGAUGCGGCCAGUAUUACUGGGAAAACGUUCUCAUGUCAUCAUCAGCAGCAGCAGUAGCUCGGAAGAAGAGAGAGAUGAAGUUAUUGAUAACAAUCUGGUUGCCAAAACUGGAGCAAAACGGCUUUCAAGAUCGGCUCGAGAUCAGAGAGGUCAACAACAAAGGACCCGGAGUCCACCCCCAACUCGUGCGCCAGGUCCAGCUGGGGUGAUUACUGCAGCAAGUGGGAGUGGACAAGCCGUGACGAUUCGUAUUGUCAAACAGUAUAGAAGAGUCAACAAUAAAAGGUCAACACUGCCGGACAAAUUCUGGUGCAAAUAUUGUGGCGCUGGUUUUCCGAGAAUAUACGCUCUGAAUAGGCAUGAAAAUACGCAUGAGGGGAAGUUCAAAGGAAAAUCUUACAAGUCCAAGAGGGGAAAUUAUACAUGCCCGUAUUGUAGUUCAGUCUUUUCUUUCAGCACCAAUCUGUUGAAGCAUAUCAAAGAGACGCAUGUCGUGUCCCCCCAACAAACCAUCAGGACUUCGAAUGAAAUGAAGACUAUAAAUCCUUUAAAUCACAAUUCAGCGUUGAAGAAUAGAGGGGAGGAUCCGUUGGACCCACAUAACGAACAAUGUGAAGUGGAGGUCAAAAAUCUGCUCGAAUGGGUGAAGGAGUUUGCUGCCGGUCAACAGCGAAGAAUUGACCUCAAACCAACAUCGGUCUAUUUGGCUGCGUCACUUGGCCCAAAUUUUGACCCCAAAAUACAUAAACCAUUCGAGUUUGUCAGGAGCGGAGAUGAGGGGAUCCGAUUUUACAUUGGUUUUAACUCUAAAACAAUUGGACUUAAUGACCAUCAUCUCCGUUUUCCCGAUAUUUCACCACUUGGGAAAGCUGACAAGGCUGGAGAAACGUGUGUCCUCCUAAAAAUUUGGGAAUUUAAGGUUGGAAGUCAUGUCGAGAAAGUCAGUGUUGCUCGUGCUUUGGAGGCAUCCUUGAUGGAAUUUGCUCUUACUAGUCAAGAAUUUAAAUCUCGUGAUGGCAAGGAGUGCAAGUUCUACAACCAGCAACGAGAAUUGGGUGCGUUCUUUAAAUAUUGCAGUAAGGAACAGCAGAAGACGUCGCUGGAGAAAGCAGUGAAAGGGGUCUCAUUCAUAUGCUGUCAAGAGGACUGUCAAGGAGGGUGCGAGGCGAUUGCACAUUUGAAGAGCGACGAGUGUUCUCCAAUCAACUUCCCUCUCAAAGAAAAGAUUGUUGUCAGGCCGUUGAACAUUGGCUCGGCCUCAAAAAAAUCCUCCAAGACGAAAGUGGACAAGAAGAAGAAGAAUCCUCUAGUUACCCCUGCCGAAAUCAAAGUUGAAGUCGACCGUCGUCUGAAAGACCUUCAGGAAAGGAGGCGACAAGACCCCGACCACGAACACCAUGUUUACAUUACCAUUUUGGCAAGAAAACAAGAUUUUCCUGGACUCUGCACCGCCCGGGAUGUAUGUAGGGCAAUAAACAAUGGUGGACAUGCCCAGGCCGUGAUUUUAUAUUACGUGGGAAAAGGAGAACGUGAUGGGAUGAACUAUUAUCAUAAACAUCGUGCUGACAUCAGUGCCGUUGCAAAGAAAGCAUCAGGUGGUGACUAUUGGGUCAUACAAAUUGCAACCUUCAAGUGUUCUAGCUUAGAGGAAGCGGAGAAGUUGGAAGCAAAGUUGUUGAUGUGUUGCUUAUUGCAAGCUCGGAAGAAGAUGACCGGAACAAAUUUCAACCCAAUUAAUGAAGCCAUGCCAUGGUCUGCUUUCAACAAAUUAACAGAGGAGGAGAAACUGCAAUCUGUCCGAAUGGGAGUUGCUGGAGUUUCUCCGAUAACUUUGCAAGGAGUUGUUCCACAUUUCACAAUGGGAAAAAUCUCAUUUCCCGUCAACUUGGGCUACGCAAUCAAGAAAAAUAAGAUUUUGGAUGUCACCAGCAUUGCCCCUUCUGAGGAUUAAUAUUUUACAUUUUACAUUUUUGUUUUUCAUUUACGUUAUACGACUGUCACACUCAUUUCCACUUCUACUUAAUAUUUGCAUACUUGAACGUGUCAUUAUAUUAGGGGUAGUCAAGGUUAACGAUUAUGUGGAUUAUAAUCGAUUACGAUUAUAAUCAGGAACUGUGAGCGACCCGUUUAAUUUUUGCCGAUCAAUUUUUUAACUAUUUUUUCUGGGAGCGACGAAAACAAACAAGUUAAUUAUAGUCAUGACACCGUCGCUGAUUUUUUUAAAGUUCCUUUGAGAAGACGAUUAUAAUCCAAAAUAAUCGUCUAUUUAGACGAUUAUUUUUUUCCAAAAAAUAAUCUAAUCGCCAGAGAAUUUUCACCCGAUUAUAAUCAGGAAUCGAUUAUAAUCCAAAUAAUCGUAAACCGUGACAACUAAAUUGGCUGUAAUUUAACACAUGUACUACAUAUUUU